UCACACCACAGCCGAAAUAAUCUAGGAUGCGCCGGUUCCGUGUUGCUUUUGUCUCGCAACAAGUUACAGAACAGUCACAGCAGCUCUCAUUCCUUAAACUUAGAAAAGGAGUUCGCAGUCUGCACUCAUCAAUAUUUCGAUCAGCCUCUCUCCAAAAUCCCAACCAGAUAGUGGAUAUGUUCUGUGAAGUAGAACUGUUCAGAGAUGUGGCAGUCAUUGCUGAAAACUUGAACAGAAAUGGACUUGUUUCCCAGCGGUCCAUCAUAACGCGCCUGUUGGAGGACAUGUUGAAUGAAAAGGCCAGCAAGGAUCAUGGUUACUUUCUUGCAGUAACCAGCUUAAAGAACAUAGGAAAAGGGGAGGUUGUGGAUGAGUCUGGGGACGUUUUCUUCCCUGUAGUCUUUAAUUGUCGCACCUUCUUACCUUACACAGGAGAGAUUUUACAGGGAGUUGUUAGCCACAUAUUUAGGCAUGGGGUCUUCAUGAGAUGUGGACCUAUUAAAUAUGCUUUUCUCUCUGCUCGAAAAAUGCCAAAUUACCACUUUGUUGCUGGGGAAAAUCCAAUCUUCUUGAGCGAUGAGCUUGCAAAGAUAGAGAUUGACAUUGUGGUCCGUUUUGUGGUGCUUGGAGUAAGAUGGAUAGAGAAAAGGGGACGCAUCAAAAAAGAAUUUGUGAUGCUUGCCAGUUUAGUUGGUGAUUCCCUUGGACCUAUUUCAUUGUCUGGAUCUGAUGAAUUGGAUUUGUAAAUAAAUAAGAAAACUACACAAGCAUGUUUCUUUGAAGAUGAUUUCAUUAGCAAAAUGAUUUUCAUUUUAAAUUUGUUUUAUUUUUGGCGGGUGACACUGCAAAUAGGAAUCAGAUGUUUGUGUGAUGUAUAUAUUUACCGAUGUCAAUUAUAGCUUGCAGCUAAGUUUGCUGCAAGUUUGGAAGGAUUUGAGACAUUUAAGAAUUAGGAUAUUGUAAUUACAGUGAGCGAUGAUGAUACACAGUUUAGUUCACUUUCUA